CCUCGCUAUGUCUACUCAGAAGGCACUCAUCAUCCCGGAAGAGCGCGCGCCGUUCAAGCUCGUUAACGACUGGCCCAUCCCCAAGCCAGGCGCCAACCAAGUGCGAGUCAAGAUUCUCGCCGCCGCGCUGAAUCCUGCGGACCACAGGAUACAGAAAUUCGGCAUGCCAAUGCCCAGCUCGUACCCAUUCAUCAAUGGUCUCGACGGUGCUGGCAUUGUCGAGGAGCUCGGUCCCGACGUCACCAAGGUCGCGAAGGGCGACAAAGUCCUCUUUCCUGGCGGAUUUCUCCUCGAACGUGCGACGUUCCAGCAGUACAACAUUGUCCCGGAACUCAACAUUGCUAAGAUUCCGGACAACCUCUCUAUCGACCAAGCGGCAUCCGUGCCGCUGGGCCUCGCUACCGUUGCUACCGGGAUCUGGGCCCAUCACCCCGAGGCGAACUCCGUCGAUUUCCCAGCACCAUGGGAGGAAGGCGGCAAGACGAAAUUCAUUGGCCAAGCCGCCCUAAUCUAUGGCGGCUCCGCCUCCGUCGGACAGUAUGCGAUUCAACUCGCGCGCAUCCAGGGCUUCUCGCCCAUCAUCACAAUCUCGUCUCUUAAGCACGAGGAUUACCUCAAGUCUCUCGGUGCGACGCACGUGAUCGACCGUUCCCUCCCGCACGCAGAUGUCCUGCGCAAGCUUCCGGAAAUCACUGAAGGCAAAUCAAUCGUUUACGCGUAUGACGCAAUCUCGUACCCCGAGACGCAGGCGUUGGCGUACGACGCUCUCGCGGAUGGGGGCGCGCUUGUUGUAACGAACCCGCGCUCUGCGGAUUUCCUUAAGGACAUGACCAAGGACGGAGAUGGGAAGAAGGUCGCGCGGCCUGUCGCUACCCUCUCACUUCCAGGGAACUUGAAGCUGGGUGAGGGAUUGUACAAUCACAUUACCGAGUGGCUCGCCACGGGGGUCAUCGUGCCAAACAGGAUCGAGAUAAUCCCGAACGGCCUUGCAGGUAUCCCGGAGGGAUUGGCUAGGAUCGGAGAGGGCAAGGUAAGCGGCGUGAAGCUGAUAGCUCGUCCUCAGGAGACGCCGUGAACGUCAGCACUCGAUACCAUGCGGGGAGGAAUAUAUCUGUAACAAUAUGGCACUGGACACUCGUCUCGUUUAUGAAUGAGAUAACUGUUUC